GACAUGGAGUGCAGCAGCUCCGAGAGCUUUUGGAAGGCCUUCUGCGAGCGUGGACUCAUCCGUGCCACUUGCGCUGACAUCGCAAGGAAGGCGGAUCCCUCUGCCUGGGAGAAGAUUGACAAGCCAUUCUUCUUGAAGGAGAUGCCGAAGGAAAGUGACCCUGUUGAGAGUGCAAAGCCUCGUGCUGCUGCAGCGAUCGAGGAGGCUGACAGAGCCCCGGCUGUUUUCGAAACUCCUGAGAAGGCCGCAGCCCCCGUGCCAAAUGGCGGGGGCGGUGCUUUGGGUGCAUUGGGCGAAAUCAAAUGA